GGCAUCCUAGUAUGUCUGGAAUCAAGUGACAGUAGUAGCCUAUAAGCUUCAAAAUUCUCGGCAUCCCCAAAAAUCUUUUAAUUUUCUUUUCGGUCAACUACUCCAAAAAUUUAAAGGCCAACAAGGGACCUCUCCCAAGGACAAGUCAGGAUGGUGCGUGUAAUUGAGGACAUGUUCGGCAUAGCCGUCAACCCGAUGUCCCAGAAGACAGACCGCGUUCGCCGCUUCACGUUGUCCACGGAGCGUGGCAUGUCCGUCUCCAUAAACACAUUGGGCGCCACAAUCCAGUCGGUAAUGGUGCCAGACUUUAAUGGCAAGCUGGAGGACGUGUGCCUGGGCUACGAUGACGUGGCCGGAUAUUACCGCAACCAGCCGCUCUACCUUGGGGCCACCAUCGGGCGGGUGGCCAACCGGACAUCUGGAGGCCGUUUUAUGCUCUGUGGCAAGGAGGUGAGUGUGAGCCGGAACGGUCGGGAUCGCUACCACAUAAACGGAGGCUUUGUGGGCUUCGAUAGCGUCAUCUGGGACGUGGUCGGUGUGCACAAGGACGGCAUCACACUGCAGCAUAUCUCGCCGGACGGGCACGAAGGCUACCCCGGAGAGCUGACCACCAACAUCAACUUCUCGCUCAAUGAUACGGGCUGCUUCGGGAUGCGGAUCGAGGCGCGAACGAAGGCCACCACGGCGGUGAAUAUCUCGAACAACAGCCACUUCAACCUGGCUGGCCAUGGCGCCGGCAAGGAGGCGCUCUACCAGCACAUGCUGAUGAUCAAGGCCCAGAAGAUCGUCGACGUCAAUCAAGAUCUUCUACCAACUGGCAAGCUGAUGCGCGUCCGCACCACGCCCUACGACUUCUCCAGCCUGGUCAGUCUCGGCAAGCGCCUGAACCAGUUGAUCUCCUGUCCCCUUAGCGGCUUCGACAACAACUUCUGUGUGGACGUCUCCCCCAACCGCGUCCAACUGGUAGCCCGCGUCGUGCAUCCUUGCAGUGGACGCUUCAUGGAGGUGCACACCAACCAGCCGGGCCUCCAUUUCUCCACGGCCAACAAUUUUCCGGAUGAGGAUAGCGAUGCACCGGCGAACCCGGGCAAGGGCGGAGCGAAGUACGUCCGCCACGGAGCUUUUUGUGUGCAGACACAAAAGUAUCCGGACGCCAUGAAUCACUGCAGCUUCCCUACGGUUGUCCUGAAUCCGGGACAGCUCUACGACCACCAGGUGGUUUAUCGAUUUGGUGCCUGUCCCAAGAGAGUUUAGAACGAACACCCGCCGCAAUCCCGAGUGGAGCCUCUUGAAAUUCAACUUAAAGUAAUUUUAGAUCCAAGUAAAACAGUUUUUAACGGAAUAUUAAAAUA